GCGAAACAAUCUGCACAGGAAAUUCGGAAGGCGAUGGCUUGGUGGGAAGGGGUUGAGGAAUCUCGUGUUCUCAUUGCACCUGAUUCUGCUGCCACUGGAGAUGGUGCUGGAAGUUUGCUAUCACUCCGUCACCCCAAAACAGAAAACAGGACAUGCUAUCUCUUAAACAAUGGGCUGCUUCAGGAGCUUCAUUGGUUUAAGAAAUCUUAUGGUUCGUGGUUUUUGGGAGAGUAUGUUUGUGAAGAUGGCCGCUUAUAUACUGCUACCCCAGUUGAUCCAGUUUUCAUUAUGUUGCCUAUUUUUGAAGAAGCAAGAAUGAAGAAAGGGGAUGAUCCGGGAAAAUUCAGGUCAUUAGAUGAGAUACUCUUCGUCAGUGACUAUCCUGGCUAUCAACAUUUAAUGUCCAUUGCAGAGAAUUGCAUGCAAGUUGUCUGUGAAAUCAAAGAAAUUGGAUCCUCAAAGUUUUUUAGGCUUGAUGAUACAAAGGUCUUGGGCUGGUUAUGCUACAAGGUAUGCCAGUUAAAGAAGACUCUACCAGUGCUGGACCAGAACUAUGCUGCUCGAGAUGAUAAGGACACAUUCGCUGAUGCAGUAUCCAUAGUAGCAGAGUACUUGAAAAACCAGCCUUGGUUGAAGCUUUUGUGUGAUCAUUUCAAAUUAAAUUUACCGGAAGCAACAACAAAACCAUCAGAUCUUGAAGUUCCCCCAGUUGCGAUAGAAAGUAAAGAGGGUUCUAAUCUCUCAAAGGGCAAGACCAAUGGUGAUAGAAAGACUGCAAGAAACGCAAAGCAAACUAAGAAGGCUAAACUAGAGACAGAAUCAAAGAACAUCAAAGAAAUGUUUACUAGGGCUUCAAGAAGAAGAGGUUGAAGAUUCUCCAUUGCUGAAAAAGAAGGAAACAAAUGAAGAAACAUCAGCAGAUGCUGUUCAUUAGUUGAUAUAAUCAUCUUUCUAUUCCCGACUUCUCUCUUUAUGCUGGCAAUGACCCUAGCUAGCCUUUUAUCGAGUUGAGUUGUAGGACUAAGGAGAAUAGGAAAAAGAAGGGAGAGACUCUUUUCAAUUGUAUUUUAUUCUUUACUAAUUAAACCUAAUGCAUAUUAAUAUUUAUUCGCUUCCUGCAUAAAAUCCCUGGCAUUCUCCCCUUAUUUACGUAGCUAAAAGCCUUGGAGAGAGAUAUCCACCACAGCAAUAGUGGUGAUUUGACUUAGUUGAAAUAAUUAAAAAUAGUGAAG